CUGUGGCUCAGCACAGCUGGACAAUCAGCAUGUAAAUACCGAAGGUCUCCAAGUCGUCACCAAGCGACCAAAACCUACUGACCUUGCAAUGAUUGUGUACCCUCGAGGAGUAUUCAGACACAUCCAAUGUGUCUUAUAGCAUAACCAACCAGAUGCGACAGACCGUAUCUACCCAACGGUUCAUCAACACCAAACGCUACCGACCGAUUCUCAACGAUGUGCUGGACGCGUUUGAGGCUUUCUGCGCGAACGGGUCCAACCGUGUUGCAUGGCGUAAUCUCCGCGUUUUCCUCACGAUAUACAUUGCGAAGUAUUUCGACUACAACAAUGGUCUUCCAUCACGGAGUUCUUCCGUCAGAGCAAAUCACCUCGCCAGCCUCCCAGUACCGCAUCUGGGACACUUAAUUGGCGAAGUUGUUUACGUGCUACUCCUAAGCGCCGGUGUCCUACGUGCGAGCGAUGACCGGAUCCCAUGGCCGGUGACAGAAGAUACGAGAAAACUGUCUUUGGUAUCUGAGGCUGUUCUUCAUAGAAUAUUGCUGGAUGUGACAAUCGAAUUGAGCGAUCUACUUGGCUCUGCCAGACUUGAUCGCUCUUCGGGUGUUCUAUUUGGCUUCAUUCAUGAUUGGAAUCCAUCUGAAAGCGAACACCUCUAUGAAAGAGUUUACUCCUUUCAGCUGCUUAUGAGCGAGGCGAUCAUUGAGCCAGUACAGAUAGAACGAAAGGAAACUUUGCUGGAUACUUCAGUGAACCGCCUUCGAAGAGCGUUGAGUGCACGGUUAGGUUCCAAACGUCGAUCGAACAAAUCUAAUCAACUUGCUGAGGGAAUCACUCCGCGCAAUCGUCCUAUUUCAAUUGCUCUUGGAGAAACUUUAGUACGGCCCAAGGCUCAAUUACUACCGGAUAAUGGACUCUUCGAAGAUUUCAUCGUGGGUUCUACGACUAACACCCAACUAAACACCAUCACGGAAGAAGAAUCGUCCAACGAUAGCAAUCGUACUCUCGUGCCUUCAAGCAAGUCUACAAAAUCUAUUAAGCAUGCAUCCAGAAAAAGCUCUAUCGAUAUUUUGCGAAUCAAAGAGCUGCGGAAAUCAGAUAGCCUGCAUCCUAUAAUCUUCGAUGAUGCACAGAGUGCCCGUUCUGGCACUUCUGGCCACAACUCCUUCUUCACGGCCGAAACUCACAUUUCCAUAACAUCGGACAUGCACCAAUCGGGCAACAGGAACAGUAUCAGCACAUUUAUCUCGAUCGCGACUUCGAAUACAUUCGACCAGGACCUUAUGUGCAGCGCCUAUCGUACCUUGCUAGAAGAGCAUGACCUAAUACCAGAGCCCACUAUGGAAACCAAUUGGUCUGGCCGCGGUCAGCAUGCAGAGUACGGCAAGGAUGAACACGACGACAUUCCGCUACAGGUGGAGAUGGUUCUGGGGAAGACUCGGACUGCCCUAGUGGAAAGCGUUCGCUGUAAGCGGGUCCGGCUUGUUCGCAAAACGAUGCGAUGCACGAAGUGGAGCGGCAUCACCCGGGAAGACGCGCUUCGAGAAGUACAACACCUCUACCGAGUUCAACAUUCGCACAUCGUUCGACUCGUUGGAACGUACGUAAUCGGAAAUGAUCUUGCGAUUCUCACAUACCCUUGCGCCGAAUGGAAUCUGGAAGUGUUCAUGCGGACGCUCACCACAGCAGAAGAUAUGGAGAUACGACGCAAGUCACUCCGCCAUUUUUUCACAUGUCUGGCUAAGGUGCUCGAUUUCAUGCAUUCAUUCCCGCUCAAGCACAUGGACAUCAAGCCGCAGAACCUGCUUGUCCGCGACAUUCGAGGCUCGGACGUGAACGAUUCGGACCCAUACAAGAUUUACUUCACCGACUUCGGCAUCUCUCGCUCUUAUCCUUCGAUUGAAGAGAGUGAAACUGAAACGCCAACUUCAUUCACUCGCACAUACGCUGCUGCUGAGGUUAUUCUACAGGAAUCACGUGGUCUGUCGGCAGAUAUCUAUUCCCUUGGUUGUGUGUUUGCUGAGAUGAUCGCAACCAUUCUCGAUGUCUCAAAAACAAAUGAAACAAACCCGACGCAGACUCAUUGGGGGGCACUUGAAAAUGCAAGAGGGAAAACCGAGACAGGCCAACUACGACCGUACUAUUCCGCCGUUACGAGCGUGCAGCAAUGGCUAUCGCAAUUAUCCAUCGAAGAGCCCGAGCUACGCGCCGUCAGACACUGGACGAAAGAGAUGAUUCAAACCGACGCAUCAGCACGACCGAGCGCCAGGCAGAUUGCAGACGAUCCUCACCUUCCAUUUGCAUGCUUGAGCUGUACUCUCCGGACCGGCCCCGAGGACUUUGAAUGCGCCGAACCAUGCGUGGCAACCACCACCAGAAAUGGAAACGAUUGAAAAGUGCCGGAGACAUAUAUCGCUCAUUGAGUGUUUUUAGUGGGAGCAUCUACUGAUUCACUAUAUUGAGCAUCAAUCAUUCGCCAGACAGUGUUUCUUCCAUAUUCGACGACCGGAAGAUGUAUCCCUGUCCAUCA